AUGGACUUGAGUUUGGACGAAUUGAUCAAGAACAAAAAAUCGUCAUCCCACGCAGAACGUCGUGGUGGCGGAAGACAAGGUGGCUCCAAAGAUUUCAGUGGCGGUAAACGCGGUAGCAGAACAUCGAAUUUCCGAUUUAAUUGCGCUGGUGUAAGCGGUGGUGGUCCUAUGCGCAGGGGCAGAUCCAUGGCCAUGCGUUCCAAUGGAUUUAUCCCUUACUCGAAGGGCGAUGCAAAUGCAUCAUGGACCCAUGAUAUGUAUGAAGGACCUAAAAGACAGCAAAAUAGAGGUGGUCUUUCAACUACUAAUAUUCAUAAAAUUGUUAUAUCAAACUUGGACUUUGGAAUUACAUCUACAGAUAUACAGAUGCUAUUCGAUGAGCUUGGUCCAUUGAAAACUGCCACAGUUCAUUAUGAUAUAUCUGGUAAAUCUUUAGGAACAGCUGAUGUUGUAUUUGACAGAAAAAAUGCCGCAUUAAAAGCAGUACGUCAUUUCAACAAUGUACCACUUGAUGGUCGCUCUGCGAAUAUUGAAUUUGCAACUGAUUUGUCAACUAUCGCCAACCUAGUUAUUCAUCUCAGUAGACCAGCACCAUUGCCUGGACGAGGUACUCGUGGUGGGGUGAGAGAUAACCGAGGCUAUACUCAUGGUAACUCCAGAGGGCGUGGGAGUAGAGGUAGCAGGAACAGCAAAAAAAAAGUGCCAAACAAAAAUGAAUUGGAUGCAGAACUUGAUAACUUUAUCAAAAGCAAAAAAUAA